CAUUGUUUCUCCGGGGACUGGAUUUGUUUUCUCCGCAGGUGACUCUGUCCCCUCCCUGCUCAGAGAACCAAGGGCCCCGGGUGGGCCCGGAUGGUGGGUGAGGGCGGGCGGCCCCGGCCCGUGUGACCGGCUCUUGCUCCCUUGCAGAUCGCCCAGUCGCUCGAUGGGGCACGCCGGCGGCCUACCUCCGUGUGUCACCUGCCCGCCUCUCAGCAGCAAGGAACGGAGCUUCAGCACCUCUUCAGUAAUGAUGAUGAAACUGGUAUUAACUGAAUGGCAUUUAUGGAUUUUUAACUCUAAUUCACAGUAAGCCAGAAAGCCAUAUGUUCAAUCCAACCAAAAAUCAUUCUGUUUUGCUGCGUGUCUCAUCCGACUGUGAGAAGUUUCAAGAUACCUGUUUGUACAAAGAGGAAUAUAAGUGUUACUUGCCGGAGGAGCACAGCUGAAGCAGAAAGCGAAGACGUCUUAAUUUAUCCUUAAAGAUAUAUGAUAGAAUUAUUUAUUUAGGUAGAGUAAAGAGAUAUAUAUAUUUUUUUGGUGGUGAUGAAAAUGGCUCCACAGAAUGCCGACGCAGAAUCUAUGCAAGUUCAGGAGCUCCCAGUGCCCCUGCCAGACCUACAGAAGCCGGGGAGGGCAGAGGCGGAGACGCGGGACGAGACCGUCAGUGAGGGCUCCAUCGACCGCAUCCCCGUGCGCCUGUGGGUGAUGCACGGGGCCGUGAUGUUCGGCAGGGAGUUCUGUUACGCCAUGGAGACGGCGCUGGUCACGCCAGUCCUGUUACAGAUCGGCCUCCCGGAGCAGUACUACAGCCUCACCUGGUUCCUGAGCCCCAUCCUUGGCCUCAUCUUCACGCCUCUCAUCGGCUCCGCGAGUGACCGCUGCACCCUGAGCUGGGGCCGCCGGCGGCCUUUCAUCCUGGCGCUCUGCGUGGGCGUGCUCUUUGGAGUGGCGCUGUUCCUCAACGGCUCUGCCAUCGGCUUGGCCCUCGGCGAUGUCCCCUCCCGGCAGCCCAUCGGCAUCGUCCUCACUGUGCUGGGGGUGGUGGUCCUGGAUUUCAGCGCUGAUGCCACAGAGGGGCCCAUCCGUGCAUACCUGCUGGACGUGGUGGACAGCGAGGAGCAGGACAUGGCCCUCAACAUCCACGCCUUCUCUGCUGGCCUCGGCGGGGCCAUCGGCUACGUGCUGGGUGGGCUGGACUGGACCCAGACCUUCCUGGGCUCCUGGUUCCGGACGCAGAACCAGGUGCUGUUCUUCUUCGCGGCCAUCAUCUUCACGGUGUCUGUGGCCCUGCACCUGUCCAGCAUCGAGGAGGAGCAGUACAGCCCCCAGCAGGAGCGUGGCGGGGACCCGGCUGGCACGCCAGCCCCCGGCCCCCGCACCUGCGUGCUGGACGGCGGUGCCCUGUUCCCGGACGAGGUGCAGUCAGAGCACGAGCUGGCCCUGGACUUCCUGGACGAGGGCCUGGUGCGGAGCAAGAGCGAUUCGGUGUUGCACGUGCCUGAGGCUGCACUGGGCCUGGAGCCCGAGCUCUUCCUGCAGGACGUUGAGCCCUCCAUCUUCCACGACGUCUCCUGCCCUGGCACCCCCCGCAGCACCGGCCAGGAGCACGCCCCAACCCGGCCGCCCCGCCGGCCCCUGCCACUCCGCGCACCCACCAGCGAGGACGAGACCCUGCUGGAGGAGCCCCUGAGCGCAGCCAGGCUCCCGAACGGGGACAGUGCGGGGCUGCAGGACGGCCCGGGCACCUGCAUCUACAGCCGGGCCGCCCUGAAGGCCCCCGCCACAGCAGGCCCCGCCCGCCGGCGCCGGCACGUGUUCCGCCGGCAGGCCUCCAGCACCUUCUCCUACUACGGCAAGAUCGGCUCUCACCACUACCGCCACCGGCGCGCCAACGCCGUGGUGCUCAUCAAGCCCUCGCGCAGCAUGAGUGACCUCUACGACCUGCAGGCGCGGCCGCGGCAGCACCGCCGCCGCCACCAGAGCGGGGCCACCACGUCCAGCGGGGACUCGGAGAGCGAGGAGGGCGAGGGCGAGACCACCGUGCGGCUGCUCUGGCUGUCCAUGCUGAAGAUGCCCCCCGAGCUGGUGCGCCUCUGCCUCUGCCACCUGCUCACCUGGUUCUCCGUCAUCGCCGAGGCCGUGUUCUACACCGACUUCAUGGGCCAGGUCAUCUUCGAGGGGGACCCCAAGGCUCCAUCCAACUCAACGGCGUGGCAGGCCUACAGCGCAGGUGUGAAGAUGGGCUGCUGGGGCCUAGUCAUCUACGCAGCCACUGGUGCCACCUGCUCAGCCCUGCUACAGAAGUACCUGGACAACUACGACCUGAGCGUCAGGGUCAUCUACGUGCUGGGCACGCUGGGCUUCUCCGUCGGCACGGCCGUGAUGGCCAUGUUCGCCAACGUCUACGUGGCCAUGAUCAUGAUCAGCACCAUGGGCGUCGUCUCCAUGAGCAUCUCCUACUGCCCCUACGCCCUGCUCGGGCAGUACCACGACAUCAGAGAGUAUGUGCAUCACAGCCCCGGGACCUCCAGGCGUGGCUUCGGCAUCGACUGCGCCAUCCUGUCCUGCCAGGUCUACAUCUCCCAGAUCCUGGUGGCCUCCGCCCUGGGCAGCGUGGUCGACGCGGUGGGGACCGUGCGUGUCAUCCCCAUGGUGGCCUCCGUGGGCUCUUUCCUGGGCUUCCUGACGGCCGCCUUCCUGGUCAUCUACCCAGAGGUGUCCGAAGAGGCCAAGGAAGAGCAGAAGGGCCUGUCUUCCCAGCCGCUGGGCGAAGGCGCAAGCGGCAGCGCCGAGAAGCCCACCGUGCUGAAGCUGUCCCGGAAGGAGGGCCCACAGGGGCUCAUCGAGACCGAGUCGAUGGUCUGAUCCGCGCCGCGCACACAUUCCAGGGCGGCAGGGAGGUGGGGGUGGCACCCGGCAGGCCGGCUGCCGUGGCCUUGGCGGCCGCGCGCACCAGAGCCCUUCACCGACCCUGGUGGAGGCUCAGUAGCUGUAGGGUAGGUUUGCGCCAGUAGGUGAAAACACCUCAUUAAUUACUUUUUCCAUAAUUAAAAUGAAUCAUUUUUUUAAUCGAAAAACGAUCUUUUAAUUUCAGCUGUCUCUUUUGUUCUGCAGGUAUAUUAUUCUGCACGUUUUAAAAUUAUAAACCAGGUUUACCAUAUAGAGAAGCGAUUUAGAAAAAAAUAAGAUUUUUCCAUUUCUAAAGUUAUAAUUGAAAGCAAAAAAGUAUCUGAUGUAUUUUGCUAUAUCUUAUCUGAAUUCUUCAGAUAACGGUUGUGUAGUCAGUGACUAAAACACUUUUUAUCACAUUUUUUCCCUGUGGAUGCCUACAGGUAUUUGGACGUUCUGUCAGAUCUCGUCACAUUUUGUUGGUGCUGCAGCUAUUGGAGAGUAUUUUUCUCUAUGAUUAUUUUAGAAAAAAAAAUUUUUGUCUUUAUUUUCCAAAACUGUGGUUUUCUUGAAGAACACACCUCCUGCUUUCCUGUUUGACACGUUGUACCCAGGCGGCGGGCCGCAGUAGCUGUGACACCAAAGCUGGGAGGAGGCUGGGCCCCUGGGACACUGGUGGGGAGGCCCGCCGGGCUGGGCCGGACCACCCCCCAGGGGCAGCCCUGGAGCUGGCGGAGCCGUCCCUGCACCGCCCGCAUCUGUGCCCACCCCCUGCCUGUCGUCUGGUCCGGAGCUCCGGGCGACGCUGUGACUCUUUCAUUGCACUUUGUUUUUGAACCAUCUGUGGGGGGACCCUGGGGGCAGAGCUCCUGGCGUGGCAUGCCACCCGUGCCCGCCGCCAGGCCCACACACCGGACACUCCAUGCCCGUCUGACCUCUGCGCCUGCUCACCCCCGCCGGCCGCUGGAGUCAGGACCGCCCCACCGUGAAGAAAGCGAGUCUUGGACAGGGGGACGGUCCGCCCCACAGGUCAGCUCAGCACGGCAUUUCUGGUUUCAGCGCAGAACCAAACUUGCACCCCGGGGAAGCACGGUCGUCACAUGCUGCAGCUGUUUGGAAAUGCUUUUCAAACCACAAUCUCUUUCUAAGUAAGCAGUUUCUGCUUCUCUUCUUUGGGACGGUCAGUCUAAGUCCGCUGAUCUCAGGAGAAAGAGGGAGGCCUCCCACACAUCACCCGGAUAAAGUGAGAGGACUCUAACUCUUCGCUGCCUCAAGUCAAUAUGUUUUUAAAUAAAGUACUUUAAAACGCAUGAGAGUCAUGCUGCAAUAUGAUCAUUCUAAAGCAAAUAUAUAUACAUAGAUAUAUAUUUCAAGAUGAAACUACGCAGUUUUUAAAUAAACUACUUGAAUUUCCUGUGUGUUGAGAGGAACAGCCGUGCUUCGUGUACUUGACCGGCCUCUGGUCCCAUCCCGUCUCUCCGUCACUGGCGGCACUUUGCAGGUUGCAGUUUGUCCCUGAGGAGCAGCAGUGCCUGUCUGUUUUGGAUGUAGCCGCAAGCCACGUGUCCUCCCCUGGAAGCCCAGGGUCACGGAGAACUGACUGGGAAAUGGGAGUGUUUUUGACGUGCAUCACGGCUGGAGAAGGGCCUUGGGGAUCCUGUGCCCAGACGGGCAAGUCCUUCCCACUCCUGAGCCCCACAUCCGGUCUGUGCUCCUCCCCUCGUCCCCCGCCCCCCCCCCCAGGCGGGUACCCAGCAGGUCACUUUGAUGAAGUUCGACAGCCUUCUUGGCUUUAGGAUGCAAAGUCCUCCUCCUGUGACUCUAGAUCGCAGCCUCUGUUUAGCUGCUCUGCUGCUCGAGGGGGUCUCCUGACAGAAAACGGGGGAGGGCAGUGAGCUGAAAAUGUAGGGGUGUGGGGGAGAGCCCGAGUCAAGCUCUGCGAUGAACCGGCCGGAAGGGCCGCACAUCCUGGGCCCACCCUGUCCACAGCCCAGCCGGGGCUUGCUGUGUAGGAGCAAGCGGGGCCCCGGGGGUGCCAGCCUUAAACCUGGUCUGAAACAGCGAAGACAUGGAAGGACGAGAACAACCCUGGAACGCGCUCGGGGCAGAGGCCCGCUGGGGAAGGGCGUCUGUCGGCGGCUGAUGCAGAGAAGUGAGUGCGUGUGCAGCCGUCUCGAGUCCUGCAGGCCGCCAAGCCUUCUGCCUGUGUGUGACCGGGGUGUGUCUUACCGUGUGGAUCUGGGAGGGCGGGUGCCUCGCGGCCCGGGUCAGGAGACAGCAGUUGUGGAGCCAGCCUCCACCUCUCGACUGGCGAUGAGCUCUGUGGGGGGGUGUUGUGGAGUGAGUGCUUUUGCCUCAGCCCCAUCCCCGCAGCGAGGUUAUUUCCAGGUUGCACUGACCCGAGGCUCUGGCGUCACCUGGUGUCUUAAGCGGAGCAGGCUGUCCACGUGGUAGUGGCCGGCCGUGGCUGGGGGCUGUGGUUGGUUCCUAACGCUGUACCUCAGAUAGUUGUGGGGGCCGCCGGCAGGCUGCUCCGGGAAGUGUGGCUUUGGCCCCUCAUUGAAAGGUCCUCUGUCCGGUCUCCGGCCAAGGUGACCAGUGGGUGGUGCCACCCACAGGUGGGCUGGCCAGGUAGCCGAUGCUGGAGUUGGCCUCGUGGGCCCUGGGGGUCAUGGGCACCAGUCAGGGCUGGGUGCUGUGAACAGAGAGCUUGGUAGGGAUUUGGCUGGUUGCCAGGUCAUAUCGAUGGACUACCCAGAUAGGGUGGCAUGGAUUUGGCAUCUUUGGUUCCAUAAAAAGUCAGCUCGGUGGAGACAGGCAGCACCCUGUCCCCCUUUUGCCAGCAGUCAGCGUUGGCAAUGUUUCUGGGUGGGUGGAGGGCUGGCAGUGGGGUGUCCCUGCUGCUCCCCACUGUCCCUUGUGGGGGGCAGGCAGCGGCUGGGCCCUAAGAAGGUCAUUGGCUCCAAGUAGUCCUCAGGUGUGUUUAUUAAAGGCAUGAGCGUGUGGGGAAGUAGCUCUCUGCCCCCCAGAACCCCAAAGUCGAUCCUCUGAAGGGGCUGCCUGUGUGGUGUGUCUGAAGAACACUCCAGAAGGUCCCAGCCGUUCCCUCCUGUGGCCAAGGGUGUGGGCUGCUAGGGCCAGAGACAGCCACUCGGAGCGAGUCUGUCAAACACCACAUUCAUUGGACACAGAGCACCUUGAGCUGUUGGCUCACACCUGAGUCUCCGUCUCCGUUUGGCCACCCCUGCCCCGAGCACAGGCGAGGACCCUCCCGGAAUGUUGCUAUCAGUGACAGACACGCGACCGUUCACGCUCCAUCUGCAAGCGGCUGCUUCUCAGACUCCCCAUCCGUCUUCUGCCUGCUCCCCGGCCUGGGGGCUCAGGCUGGCCUGACGGGGCUGCCGGGGGCCCACUUCCUGAGCGCAGCUGCCCAGGGAGUGGUGUCCGCUCAGUGCGGCCCUCAAGCACGCAGCACGUCGGGGCCUCCGUCACUACCUCCUGGUGGGGAGCCGGCCCCUGCCAUCCUGGCCCCUCACCCAGCCUGUCCCUGGGCGUGGCCGCCUCUGCUGGGCCCUCCCCCAGGCGACCAGGGGCACAGCUCUGUGUGCUGUGGACCAGGACUGUGUCUCGGUGGCAGAAUGACCUGAUGAUUGGAAAUGCCUCGUUACCAGAGGAACUCCCCAGGCAUCUCGGAACAGGACUUAAUUGGUUCCAUUGUGAACUGGCCACAGGACAACAUUUUUUUAUCAACUUAUUAAGUUGGAGCACUAUAAUAGCUCUUGCUGAUUUUAGCAGUGAUAUAAGUGUGUGUUAAACACAUAACAUUUUAUGAGGAAAAGGGAUUAUAAAGAGUAAUAUCGCACAUUACUGAAUUUUGUAUCAGGUGGGCACAAGCAGCCUGGUGUUUGUGUGUCUCAGCGCCGAGCCCCCGGUCUCGGGGCUGCUCCUGGGGGCUGUGGCUGAUGGCACUGUCUGCCCCCCCCCGCCCCCCCAACACGCACAAGGUCCUAUCUGUAACGUGCUCACCUCCCGGUGUAGACCGGGCUCCCCCUACGUCUGUUUCGCUCUGUUACUCUGUGGUUGAAGCUUAAUAAACCUUUCCCUGCCA